CAGGCCUCGUCUUAGUCCCCGCGCCUGGAUGAGCGAGAACUUCCUCUAUAUUCUCGUCACAGAUACAGAAGGAGUUGGUUGACGAAGCCAUUCGGAGGCUUGCGAACAAUAUGGCGACCUCACUGGCUGCGCAGCUGGCGCAGAUUUCUGCCAACUCGAAAAAUUCGCUGAAUAUCAAGACACAAAGAGCGGCGCAUUCCAAGUCCCUAAUCUUCGAGCCGCGGGUCGCUACGGGCCAGAGCUUUCAGACCAUCUACACGGUCUGCCACGAUGGUUUUGAAGAUUUAUGUCGCCUGGACAGUCGGUUUACUCAAUUCAGUACCACCCUGUUCAGUGAGCAGAGCCAGGAUGAAGACCGCACCCAGUUCACAGCUACCGAGAAUGAAAUGUUGGACAAGAGGAUCGAUGCUUUUCUCCGCCUUGCUGGGGGGAGGUUGAGACUUAUGCCCGCCAUUAAAGCAAUUGAGUGGCUCAUUCGAAGAUUCCGGAUACAUGAGUUCAACACGGCGAGUCUCCUUGCAACUUUUCUCCCAUACCAUUCGAUUCCGGCAUUCGUCACCUUGAUGUCCAUAUUACCACCGAUCAUUCCGCCCCAGUACAGGUUCCUCGACCCAUACAUCCGGUCUCUCACUGCACCUCCUCGAGCUGCCAUCGUUCAACAGGCAACCAGCCGGCCCGAGUUGCUCUUGUCCAUAUCCGCCUACACUCUCGAGUCAUGUAAAUCGCAGCUGGACUACCCGGCUUUGAUAUCUUUCUGGGGAGGGAUCAUGACGGAGGCUGUCAAUGGCAUGCUUGACCGGAUGAGGUCCGGGAGGAGAAGCAUUCAGGCGGAAAAUGACAUCGCCUUGCUCCAGCUAGUAGCGCCGAUUCUCAGCGAAUCACUAGUGAUGAAGAAAGUCCCUGGAAUUCAGAUUGCGAGCUACAUGGUUGUGGCGGUCCUGACCUCCAAGGGAAAUCUUGAUGACGCCGCCCUUUCGGCCUUUAUGGAGCAGCUUGUUCACGGCUGGACAAGCGAGACUCUGCGGCCCGGGCUCAUAUGCCUAUCGAUCCUCGCUCAGUACCGCUCCACAAAGCCACUUCCUGGGAAAGUCGCCAAGUCGCUUUUAAAGGUGCCUGAUCUCAUCGAGAGCCUGCAGACCAUAGGCGAAAACUAUCGAGUAGACAAGCUCGCUAGUGGACUUACCCUUGGUCUGAUCGACAGGCUCUACAAGAAAGGAGACUCUCGAGUGCUGCCUGUCGUCAAGUCGAUUCUCUUGGGUACCAUUCUUUCGGAGAAGCAAGUUCGGACAGCCUAUAAGGCACUUCUAGUGGCGGCCCACCGGAUCGACGAUGAGACCGACCAAAGCGGACAGAUACGGAAGCAACUGGGAUUGGCCCUGGUCAUGCUCUCCCAAGAAGCUGGAGAAAUAGGGGAAACAAUACGACAGACCAUUGAGGAAGUGGAUUUCGACAUCGAGGAGUUGGAGCUGAAGUUGGAAAUGAUAGUCCGCCCCAAACCUGCCAUUGAGGGACGGCCAUCAGAUGAUGCCGCGAUGAAGGACGGCGAUCUGGCCACACCCGCUCAAGAAGACUUGGAUGGCUCCCUCGAGCGACUGUCUCAGCAGAGUCGUUCUGUGUCUGAUUGUUUUUCUCACGGCUCGGACACAUUGUAUGGCGAGCUUUACUCCCUGUUCCUCUCCUGCGCCUCGACCCGAGAUAGCCUUGUCAAAUUUGACGAAGCCCCUAUUCUAUGCCGAUCAUCUACCCCGACGGACGCUUUUUAUCUGAGCUUCUACAUCCGCGUCUGGUGUGGCCCCUACCCGACUUUGGCAAGAGCUACAGCCCUCGAGCAGGCGAAGCAUCGACUAAAGGCCGAGGACUGCGCGGACGUGGAUUUCCAAGCCAUUCUUCCCUAUUCCAUCGCUGCUCUACGAGAUCCAGCUAAGAAGGUCCGCCGGGCCGCUGCAGAGCUCAUCGUUGCCUUGGGAACCUUGUACCCGGAGACACAAUCAAGAAAAGAGCACCGCUGGGCCUCUGAAAACGGGACAAUAGGAAAGGCACAAGCGAUGGACUUUGGAGCUGCGCAAAGUUUAAUUCACAGGAUUCUCAUCCCAGCCCUGGAAGAAUGUAUCAUUGACCAUGGCCACAUCUCCGUAGCUCUGAAGGAUGGCCUGUACGGCUCAAAACCGUCUUCUUCAGAAGCACAGCCGGGCAAGAAACAUACGCACUCGCUUUCUCAUGCGACGAGGCUGUCGAUCAUGAGGGCGCUGUCAAGUCACGCUAUCUGUACGCCAUUCCUCUUGGUUAAGGUCAGGCUGCUCGAUGCCCUGAACCAAGUCCGGAGCAUCUCAGGUACCUCACGCACACAACUCUUGCUUCCCUUGCUCCGAUGGUGGGCAGGCCUCGGUCAAGAUGGUGCACGGAAAUUUGCUGCCCGCGAGGAGCUCGAGGAAGCGGCGGUAGAUUCUGCGUGUGUGGAUAUCGUGGAUGCCAAUGAUAAACCAGGGCUUGAUGUGCUCUUCGACCUUGUCAAGACGCCACAAGUUACGGAACGACCUAAUUUCCUGCAGAGCAUCUUCUCAAGGAUACGAAAGAUGUGGCCGUCGAUGAAGGGAGACACGAAGUUCUCUACUGCGCAGACGAUGUUGCAACUCUCUCACGAAGCGUCUCAAGCGUCACCGGGGCAGAAUCUAGUCUCGAUCGAGUCAGCAGACCUUCUUCGGAACGUUGAUUUGACAACAGACAUUCUCCUCGAGUUCCUAGAGUCCUGCAGAGAUUCCACCAAAAUCGCGACAGAGAUUCCCGCGAACAAGCGCCGGCGGGUCAGCUCCUCGGACCAUAAUCGCAGCAUCAACCUGCAGAGCACGCCCGAGACCAGGGCCCUCCUGAACAAGAUCACCUUCGUGCUAGAACUUAUUCAGGGGUCCAAGCCAGAGGAUCACCCGCAACUGCUUCACAGUCUCUUUACGACUCUGUCAGACCUCCAGUAUCUUCGGAAUCUCGUCGGUUCCGAACUAGGGUAUCUUCAGAACCUGGUUCUCAGCAGCCUCCUUGCAAUGAUUCCCGCCUACAAGAAAAACAAGAACCUCCAGAUCGAUGCCUCUGUUGGGCAUUGGGAUGUCUUGGUCACGUGUAUCCAGAGGUCUUCGAGUCCCGCGGUGCAAAACGCAGCGCUUCUCCUAGUGGCAAGUUUGGCGAAGACAGCGCCGGAUGUUGUCCUCCACAGCGUUAUGCCCAUCUUCACGUUCAUGGGCAGCUCGGUCCUGAGACAGGCGGACGACUACUCAAGCCAUGUGGUCAACCAGACCAUCAAGGAGGUCAUCCCACCCCUCAUCGAGACCUUCCGCAAGAGUCGUAGACCUUUGGUUGCGAGCGCCUCAGAGCUGCUUUCGAGCUUCGUGGUCGCCUACGAGCACAUUCCUUCUCAUCGCAGACACGUAUUGUUCCUGUCCCUGGUCGAGAAUCUGGGACCACACGAUUUCCUCUUCGCCGUGCUUGCCAUGUUUGCGGAUAGGUAUGGCACGACCGACGACAUUCUUGGAUUCCUCGUUCAGAUCAUGGACUCGUUCAGUGUCGAGAUACAGCUGCAGAGUCUGGUCAAGUUGCUGGAUUUGGUCCGCGACAUAUUUAAGCCCAAACCAGGCCUGUCAGCUGUGUUGUUGGAAAGGAGCGACGACAGCGAGCAGGAGUCCCAGAAGAUCGCACUCAAGGAACUGACUCUUCUCCCGCACCUCUUGGGCAACCGCCGACUCAAGGCCGAGAUUGCCAAACUCGCCGAACGGGAUGACAUGGAAGCAGCGAAGAUGCGGGAUUCCUACGCCACUCUCCUGGAGGAUAUCCUAACACUGGCCGACGUGGUGAAGACCAAGAAGCCGCUUUACAACCGGUGCGGCGAUGCUCUAUCUGGCCUCCUGAACCUGCUGUCUAUCGGAGAGUUCAUCAAGGCUGUCGAGAACCUCCUUGACCGACCCAACGUUGCCCUUCGACAGAAGGUGCUGCGAGGACUGGAAAUGCGCGUGGACAAGGAAGGGACCUCGGACCCCAAGUCGAGGACUGCUCUGUUGGCAUUCCUGCCGCAGCUGACAGCCGUCAUCCGCGAAUCGGACGAUGUUCACUACAAGCAUACCGCCAUUGUGUGCGUGGACAAGAUCGCCGAGAAAUACGGGAAGAAGGAUAUCGAGGCUGUCACGGCUGCUGCCGCUACUAUUGCGGGUGACCAAUGCCUGGGACAGUCGUUCGACCGCCUCCGGAUCAUGGCUCUUCUCUGCCUGGCCUCCCUGGUCGAUGUGCUACAGGACGCCAUCGUGCCAGUCCUGCCAUCCGCCAUCCCCAAGGCCCUAGGCUACCUAAGAGAGAGUCUUGAAGGAGAGAAGGUGGACGUCGGGCUGCACAAUGCUUCUUAUGCCUUCCUUACCUCGCUAGCUCAGCACUUGCCUUACAUGUUCUCGGGCGCAUAUCUCGACGAGCUCUUGGUCUGCUCCAAUAUCUCAGCCGAGGCAGGGUUGGAUGAUGAGGCUGAUGAGAACCGACUACAAUGCCUUAGACUCCUGGCCAGGCUGGUCGAUUCAAAGGCCAUGUUCACGGCACUUGAACAUAACUGGACCAAGGCUGCGGAUUCUGGCUUCUUGGCUCUGACGGAGUAUCUCCAAAUCCUUGGCCUGAGUCUUGACAAGCAUCCUAAAUCGGCCAUUGCGAAGAACAUCCCAGCCCUGAGCGCCAUCUUCAUGAGUGCCCUGGAUCUGCGGCGCCGGGAUCCCUACAAGGAAAUUACGGGUGGACAGGCAGCGGCAAGCCUGAAAGCCAUUGAAGACACGGUGAACGAGGCCGCUCUCAAGAUGGUCUACAAGCUCAACGACGCCGUAUUCCGCCCCAUCUUCACGGCGCUCGUGGACUACUCUGUCUCGGGAAUACCCAAGCAGGACCGCAUGGGCAGGAUCCUGCGCCAGGAGAGCGUCUACGGAUUCCUGUACGCCUUUUUCGACAACCUCAAGUCGAUCGUGACCAGCUACGGAACAUACGUCAUCGACGGCGCUGCGGCGAUACUGAAGGAAUCGAACCCGAGGAACGCCGAGGAGAAGGAGCUGUGGAGGCGCGUGCUACGGACCCUCACCAAGUGCUUCGAGCACGACCAGGACGGCUUCUGGCAGGCGCCGUCGCACUUCAGCGCCGUCGCGCCCGUCCUCGUCCAGCAGUUCGGGCACGCGUCGGCGGUGGACGUCUCGGAGGAGCUGGUCCCGGCCAUCGCCGAGCUGGCCGCCGCGGCGGACUCGCAGGAGCACCAGAAGGAGCUCAACGGGUCGCUGCUCAAGCUGCUGCGGUCCGAGCAGGCGGCGGUCCGGCUGGCGGUGGUGCUGUGCGAGCAGGCGCUGACCGACAGGCUGGGCGAGGACUGGCUCUCGAUGCUCCCCGAGAUGCUGCCGUUCAUCAGCGAGCUGCAGGACGACGACGAUGAGGUAGUGGAGCGGGAGACGCACAGGUGGAUCGUCAAGAUCGAGGGUAUUCUUGGCGAGAGUCUAGACUCCAUGUUGCAGUAGAAAGUGUGGGUAGUAUAUGUGCGUGCUGCUGUCGAGGUGCAGAUUGAGAAUAAAAUAAAUGUCGCCAAGGGAUGAAGAAGAUAUGUGUCGUUCUGAAUUACCAGUGUUGUGGAAUGCCCAUAUUAAAAAACGUACACAAUGACGGCCCAAGCCGCUUCCCAAACCCCUUGUACAACCCGAAUGUCUCGGCCCCUUGCCUCCCGACAUCGGGUCGCUGUUA